AUGGGCGUUAUUGUCAAAAAUGCGACACAAUCAGUCAGCAUUUCGCUCACAGCUCUGCAGAUUGUGGGAUUUUGGGCCCCAGAAAAUCUCACAGAAACUCAAAGAUCAAUGUACAAAUGGUUUGGGGUGUUCUCUUUUAUGUUCAUGCUAGGCACCUACAUAUUCAUCCAAGUAGUGGACCUGUUCAUGAUAUGGGGCGACAUUCCCCUGAUGACAGGAACUGCCUUCCUCCUAUUCACAAACAUGGCUCAAGCAGCAAAAAUCGUGAACAUCACGGUGAGGAAGCAAAGGAUUCAGAACAUUGUUAACGAUUCUGAUAAAGUCUUAUCUGAAGUUCAGACUUUGGCACAAAAGGAAAUUGUCAAAAGUUGCAAUAGAGAGAUGAUAGUUCUUCAAGUGUUGUACUUCUCCUUGACCCUGGUAACAGGACUCGGUUGGGCUACUAGUGCCGAAAAACAUCAGCUACCUUUGAGAGCAUGGUAUCCAUACGACACGACGAAGUCUCCAGCAUACGAGCUGACAUACGUGCAUCAGGUGGGAGCGCUCCUCAUUGCAGCAUUCCUGAACGUGGGGAAGGACACCCUGGUGGCAGCCCUUACUGCUCAGUGUCGGUGCCGGUUGAGGCUGCUGGGACUUUCACUGAGGUCCUUGGAUAAGGGGUUGGAUAUUGAAGAUAAGUACAUGCUUACUGCUGAACAAGAGAAGAUAGUCAGCUGUCGUCUCAGGUCAUGUGUGUUGCAGCACCAAGAAACCCUAAAGGCUGCCAAGGAGCUGCAGGAAUGCUUCUCCGAACCAACGUUUGCGCAGCUGACUGUAUCGCUAAUCAUAAUUUGUGUUACUGCUUUCCAGUUGUCGAUGGCACAGCCGGACAAUAUGGUGCGUUUACUGUCGAUGGGCACCUACCUCCUAAACAUGACUUUCCAAGUAUUCAUCUAUUGCUACCAAGGAAACCAGCUCUCAGAAGAGAGUUUUGAGAUAGCUGGAGCUGCGUACGAGUGCCUGUGGUAUAAGUUCUCGCUGCGCCUGCGCCGUGCGUUGCUUAUAAUAAUGGUGCGCACACGCAGAGCUCUUCGACUCACCGCGGGAGGAUUUACUACACUCUCACUCACUUCUUUCAUGGCCAUCAUCAAAGCUUCGUACUCAUUGUUCACACUUCUGCAGCAAGUUAAUGAGGAGUAG